AUGCUUGUUUAUGCCAGUAAAGAUACAACAGCUGGAAAUGGAGAAGAAACCAGCAAAGAUUUAGAAAAAGCAAGGGGAGCUGGAAGUCACUGUCUCCCGGGUGAACGAGGCUGUUGCAACGAGGGUCGGCAAGUGCAGGUUUGCCCUCCUGCAGACGUGGUGCGCAGAAAGUCAAAACAGAAGCCACAUCCCAAGAAGAAGAUGACAGGCUCCCUAGAUGUCGAGUUCACCUGCCCCUUCUGCAACCACGAGAAGUCUUGUGACAUGAAAAUGGACCAGGCUCACAACACUGGAGUCAUCUCUUGUACCAUGUGCCUAGAAGAAUUCCAGACGCCCAUCACUUAUCUGUCAGAACCAGUGGACGUGUACAGCGAUUUGAUAGAUGCCUGCGAGGCAGCCAAUCACUAGCAACGCAGAGGACCCACCCCCUUGGCAGCCUCACCUGCUGGGUACCAAUCCAGAGACAUUCCAGGGUCCAGGGUGUG